AUGAUUGAUAACUACAAAGAUUGGCAUGAACAAUUGCCUUAUGCAUUGCUGGGAUACCGUACUACGGCCAGGACCUCGACUGGAGCCACUCCGUACCUGUUGGUGUAUGGCACCGAAGCAGUGAUACCAGCCGAGGUAGAAAUCCCUUCGCUUCGGAUAAUACAAGAAGCUGAGUUGGACGAUGCGGAGUGGAUCCGUAAAAGGUAUGAGCAGCUGGCUCUAAUAGAUGAAAAGAGGAUGAUCGUUGUUUGCCAUGGUCAAUUGUACCAGCAGAGAAUGGCGCGUGCUUUCAACAAGCGUGUGAGAACUCGGGUGUUUCAGAUUGGGCAAUUAGUACUCAAACGAAUAUUCCCUAAUCAAGAAGAAUACAAAGGGAAGUUCGCACCAAACUGGCAAGGGCCUUAUAUGGUACGAAAAGUGCUGUCAGGAGGAGCCGUGGUCCUUGCUGAAAUGGAUGGUCAAGAGUGGCCAAAAGCGAUAAAUUCAGAUGCCAUCAAAAGAUACUACGUGUGA